AUGGAGAAGAACAUUUUAUUUCAUUUAUAUUACACUGCUCCACCUGUAACAAGAUUCGUUUGUAUUCUGGUAGGUAUUGUUACAUUCACAGUAUCAGUCAAUCUAGUUAAUAAGAAUUAUUUUAUACUCUCCCGAUAUCAAGUUUUAUAUGAUUUACUUAUUAAUAACAAAACAAGAAGUGUGUUUAAUCAACUAUCUGUUAUUGAAAGGUUUAAGAAACUUUCUACUUUAAUUUUAAGAUUUUGUUUGGCUCCUUGUUAUUUUGGAAGGCUAAACUUUGAAGGUAUUCUUCAUAUAACAUUCUUUUAUAGGUAUUCGAGUAUGUUAGAAACUUCUUAUGUUUAUAUUAGUGAUUAUGUAUUUGUGCUAUUUCUUUGUUAUGUUACUUUGAUUAUUGGUGCUAUGUUUGUUAGAUUAGGUCCUUUAGGUCCUAGUUUCUCUUGUAUUAUCACUUACAUUUGGACGAGAAAAAACCCAAGAGCUAUUAUACAAACAUUUGGUUUUCUUACAUUUCCUGCUUUCUAUUUACCUUUUAUUAUUCCUAUAUUUACCCUCCUAUCUGAUGGUACUAUCAAUAAUGAAGAGAGUAUGGGAAUUGUCUGUGGUCAUAUUAUAUUCUUUUUUAAGGAUGUUUUUCCAAAGUAUAGUGCUGAUUUUCUUAGAACUCCUUGUUUCUUACAUAGAUUAUUUAACGAAGAACAAGAUUGUUGUACGGGUAAAAAAUUGGUUUCUAGAUUUCAGUACAUUCCUAGAUUUAUUAGUUCUAAUAGUAAUUCUACUCGAAACAACACCUCUGAUUCUCCUGUUAGUGGUUUUAGUGAAUAA